AUGGAAUCAAUUCUCGCUUCUUCUUCUGUGCUGCCGUCUGCUCUUCCCGCCGGGGAGUACGAGGUUUUCCUGAGCUUCCGGGGUCCCGACGUUCGCAAAACGUUUGCCGAUCAUCUCUACACCUCUCUAUACCGUUCCAAAAUUCGCACAUUCAGGGACGAGGAAGAGCUAUGCAAGGGAGAAGAAAUUGCCCCUUCCCUAGUCCAGGCCAUCCCCAAUUCCAAGAUCUACAUCCCUAUUUUAACCAAGCAGUACGCUUCCAGCAAAUGGUGUCUUCAAGAAUUGGCUCAAAUGGUGGGGUGCUGGAAGCAAAAGAAGGGACACCUCAUCCUUCCCAUUUUCUAUUUUGUCGACCCUAGAGAUGUGAGGCAUAUCAACAUGGCUCUUAUCAGGAAGCCUUUGUACAGCAUGCCCAGAAACAUAGCCCCGAAACUGUGA